UGCGUUUGCGGGCUGGGCUGGGGUGAUUCUGCUCAAGAGAUUCAUUAUCAAGCUGAGUUAAGGUGCCACCAAGGUCAAAGAGGAAGGAAAAGCCAGGAGCUGUGAAUUUGCCUUGACUGCAAAUUAAAGAAUGUUGCUUGAGGAAUAACAAUAAUCUUCUGUCUGCGCAAAGCUGCCAUAGACCCUUGGCUCCUCAAGAAGUUCCUUGAAGGUUUUGUCUGGUGCUCCUGCAAUGAACCACGUGCUGGACUGGGCCCUAGAUUCACCCUGGUGAGCACAGCUCUAUAUGUGAUCUCAGACGUUCACACCUGGCUAAAAGAUGAGUGAGGAACGCUGGAUUUCCCUUACUCCAGAAGAAUUCGACCAACUCCAGAAAUAUUCUGAAUAUUCUUCCAAGAAGAUAAAGGAUGUAUUGGCAGAAUUCAAUAAAGGCGGGAGCCUCAAACAAUAUGACCCACAUGAGCCAAUUAGCUAUGAUAUCUUCAAGCUGUUCAUGAGGUCAUACCUGGAGAUAGACCUUCCUCAGCCUUUGAGUACACAUCUCUUUCUGGCCUUCAGCCAGAAGCCCAGACAGGAGAGCCCUGACCAUCUAAAGGAGGAAGCCAACAGCAUCGAGGCCUGUGGCCCAGAUCCGAACAUCCAGAAUGAGGAUAAUGCUGCCAAGGCAGAUGAGGCCUGUGCCCCGGACACAGAUUGCACAGCCCCCGAGAAGCAAGUACCAGCUAAGGACCAAGUGGCUGUGACCACCUUGGGAAAUGCUACUACUGCUCAGUCUACAGGUUCAGGAUCCCCCAUAGUGUACCUGAAUGAUGUCGUGUGUUCCUUAUCUCUGCUUGAGACUGGAAGACCUCAGGAUAAGCUGGAGUUCAUGUUUCAUCUCUAUGAUUCAGAUGAGAAUGGACUCCUGGACCAAGCAGAGAUGGAUCGUAUUGCCAACCAAAUGUUACAUAUCGCCCAGUACCUGGAGUGGGAUCCCACGGAGCUAAGGCCUAUACUGAAAGAAAUGUUACAAGGAAUGGACUACGACCGGGAUGGCUUCGUGUCUCUGGAGGAAUGGGUCCAUGGAGGAAUGACCACCAUCCCCUUGCUGGUCCUCCUGGGCAUGGAUGAUUCUGGCUCCAAAGGUGAUGGAAGACAUGCCUGGACCAUGAAGCACUUCAAGAAACCAACCUACUGCAACUUCUGCCACAUCAUGCUAAUGGGUGUCCGGAAGCAAGGCCUGUGCUGCAUUUACUGUAAAUAUACUGUUCAUGAACGCUGUGUAUCCAAAAACAUUCCUGGAUGUGUCAAAACAUUCUCAAAAUCCAAAAGAGGCAGUGAGGUGAUGCAGCACGCGUGGGUGGAAGGGAACUCCUCCGUCAAGUGUGACCGAUGCCAUAAAAGUAUCAAGUGCUACCAGAGUGUCACCGCGCGACACUGCGUGUGGUGCCGGAUGACGUUUCACCGCAAAUGUGAAAUGUCUGCCUUGUGCGACGGUGGAGAACUGAGAGAUCACAUUUUGCUGCCCACCUCGAUAUGCCCUGUCACUCGGGACAAGCAGGAGGGCAAGACGGAUGGCAAUGUGAGCGGGAAGGGUGAACCUGUUAUGCAGUAUAAGAUCAUCCCCACUCCAGGUACUCACCCCCUGUUGGUCUUGGUAAACCCCAAGAGUGGAGGGAGACAAGGAGAAAGAAUUCUUCGGAAAUUCCACUAUCUGCUCAACCCCAAACAAGUUUUCAACCUGGACAAUGGGGGGCCUACUCCCGGAUUGAACUUUUUCCGCGACACCCCAGACUUCCGUGUGUUGGCCUGCGGAGGAGAUGGAACAGUUGGCUGGAUUUUGGAUUCCAUCGACAAGGCCAACCUCACCAAGCAUCCACCGGUGGCUGUCCUGCCUCUGGGAACAGGAAAUGACCUGGCCCGCUGUCUCCGCUGGGGUGGAGGCUAUGAAGGAGGCAGCCUGACGAAGAUCCUAAAGGACAUUGAGCAGAGCCCCUUGGUGAUGCUGGACCGCUGGCACGUAGAAGUAACACCCAGAGAGGAGAUGGAGAAUGGGGACCAAGUUCCAUACAGCAUCAUGAACAACUAUUUCUCCAUUGGUGUGGAUGCUUCCAUUGCUCACCGGUUCCACGUGAUGCGAGAGAAACACCCUGAAAAAUUCAACAGCAGGAUGAAGAACAAGUUGUGGUACUUUGAAUUCGGCACCUCUGAGACCUUUGCAGCCACCUGCAAGAAACUCCAUGACCACAUAGAAUUGGAGUGUGAUGGAGUUGAAGUGGACUUGAGCAAUAUAUUUCUUGAAGGCAUUACAGUUCUCAACAUUCCCAGCAUGUACGGUGGUACCAAUCUUUGGGGAGAAACCAAGAAGAACAGAGCUGUGAUUCAGGAAAACAGGAAGGCUGUCACUGAUCCUAAGGAACUGAAAUUCUGUGUCCAAGACCUCAGUGACCAGCUCCUUGAAGUAGUGGGACUAGAGGGAGCCAUGGAGAUGGGACAGAUCUACACUGGCCUCAAGAGUGCCGGCAGGAGGCUGGCCCAGUGCUCCUCUGUCACUAUCAGGACGAACAAGCUGCUGCCUAUGCAAGUGGAUGGAGAGCCCUGGAUGCAGCCACCUUGCUCGAUUAAAAUUACGCAUAAGAACCAAGCGCCCAUGAUGAUGGGGCCUCCCCAGAAGAGCAGCUUCUUCUCUCUGAGAAGGAAGAGUCGUUCAAAAGACUAAGCAAUAUGCCAAGCAAUGGAAAAGCCAAGAAAGAAGUUAAGAAACUGUCACAAACACACAAACACAAACACACACACGCGUGCAUGCACACACACGCACGCAUACACAAAUGCACACACACACACACACACACACACACACACACACACACACAGACACACCAUGUUUCUCUAGCCAGUGGGAGUAAACACACCAUUUAGGAAGUAACCUUCACCUUGCCAUAUAUUCUCUUUCAACAAUGUGUACAUCCCCAAUGAACCAAUGCCAACAGAACUUUGUAAAUGGAUAUAGUACCCACCAGGGCCUGAAGGUCUUACAGCAAUGUCUACAUUCCCAGAAGGCCUUUGCAGAGUGGGAUUUUCUGAGACUGAAGGAGAAAUCCUCCUCUUUCCCCCAACUCUGCAAGUUGUGUCUUUUCUUCACGGACCCUCGCAAGGAACAGGCUUCAGGUUUCCUGCCAAUGGUGAGAUCGGAUGUGGCUAAGGGAAAGAGCUCCUGUUCCAGUGAGCUUGCACAAAGCUCCCUCUGUGCUGUGACAAGACACCUUGGACACUCUUAGAGUGCUUGGUGGCACUUCUUGAGGACAAGAUGUUGGUGUUUUGCUUGUCUUUCAAGUAGCUUGCUGAGAAGGCAGAAAGGCAGCAGAGAGCUGUGUUUCCCUUCUUGGUUCUCUUUGCUAUCAGUGGGCACUACUGGUUCAGCUCCCAAAGCCUUCUCCCAAGGGCCAUGUGUUUGUUUAGCAAAGGUUCCUGCAAGGCGCACUGUAGAUAGAGUUCUGCAAAAAUCUGGGAGGGAAAGCAAUGACACUGGGAUUUAUUUUUCAAAUUUAUGUCAUAAUAUUGUGUAAAAGGGGAAGAAAAAACCACACCCCGCUUCUUUCUUUUUCAAGCCAAAGUUUAAGUUCUAUGUCCUAAUGACAGACUAUUCCUCUUGGCAGAGAAGAUGGGAGAAAAGGGCCUUUCACUUAGGAGACAAGGAGGCAAAUCUUCAGGUAGUUCUCACCUGCCCCUUUGUAUCUCCCUUUCCCAUAGUAUGGCCUGCAGGCCCUUCUGGUGGUCUGUGUAUAUAUAUUUGUAGCAUAUAUAUUUAUGUAUAUAAAUAUUUAUUUACUGAUAACUAUUCCUUGUUGAAAAAAAAAAGUAUAUGUAGUCUAGGAACAGAAAGUGAAAAAAGGAAAAGAAAGUUCUUGGAUUUCCUUACUCCCUUUCCACCAUUUUAAUGUCAGGACUCAUUUCCUAUAGCAAUCAUAAGAUCGGGGGAAACAAACAUGGUUCUUUAUCUAAAGAGAUUGAGAAUUUCUAUUCUGGAUUUUAAAAGAAAAAUAAACAUGAAAGAUGUUCUGGGCAA